UUAACAUCCCUCGGGAUGGUGCUAGCCUUCAUCAUGGGCUAUUUCCUGGACUGGAAACAAGUCGCCUGCUUCACAAACAUCUUCAUCGUAAUCCCGUGCAUCCUCGUGUUCUUCAUCCCGGAAAGUCCCGCCUGGCUCGUGUCGAAAAACCGGAUAGAAGAAGCGAAAAAAUCACUGCUUUGGAUCAACAAAUACCAAACGGUGCAGUUAUCACUCGUUCAGCUCUCGCUUCUCCAAAGGGAACACGAGUUGAAGGAGAGCGAGACGAGCAAAAUGGACACGAUUAAGGAGUUGGGCAAACCAACAGGGUAUAAGCCGCUCUUGAUCCUGACUGGACUUUUCCUGUUCCAGCAAUUUUCCGGGAUUUUCACCUUCCUGUUUUACUCGAUCACGUUCUUUCAAGAGGUGGGUUCCACGAUGAAUCCCUAUCUCACGUCGAUUUUCAUCGGAAUCGUACGCUUUGUCAUGUGCAUGGUCAACACCUAUGUCCUGCGAACGUACGGCAGGAGACCGUUGGUCAUUUUGAGUUGUUUCGGGAUGUCUGUCAGCAUUUUCCUCUCCGGGUUUUUCACCCAUUGGGUCAAAACCGGUGUCACUACACUCACGUGGCUUCCUGUCCUUUUCCUCCUACUUUUCGUGUUCACUUCAAUGAUCGGUUUGGUCCCAAUUCCCUACACAAUGACCGCGGAAUUGUUCCCCCUGGAGAUAAGAGGGGUAGCGCACAGUAUUUCCACGUGUCUUGCCAGUAUUUUCACCUUUGCGUCUCUACAACUGUAUCCAGUGAUGUAUCAAGGCUUUGGGGGUAUUCAUGGAGUCCAGUAUUUCUUCGCAGGGGUCACUUUAUUAGCCGCGGUUUACGUCUAUGUGUUUUUGCCCGAAACUCACCAAAAGAAGUUGUCCGAAAUUGAGGACUAUUUCAACAAACCUCCAAAGGCUGAAAAGCAACAGAAACAAAUCGUGCAAGAGGUGUAAAAUGUAAACUCUUGAAUGUGUACAAUUUUUAUUAAAAUAAAGCAUU